GUCUUCAAGAGUUUGCCUGGAGCUGCAGAGGCGCUGGUUGUGCAUCCACUUGGGGGCUUUAAUGGCAGUGGUUUCACCUGCAGGCGUGCAGCACGGAUGAUCCGAGCUCGGUGAAGGUGCAUCAGUCUACAGCCAAGAGAUGUCCCCGUUAUUCAUGGACACUGGGUAUGAGCUCAACAGCCCCGGAUCGGUGUCUGCUGAGGGGAGCAACACCGCUGGAUCGGAGAGAGAAGAAGGGGGACAACAGAUGGGAAGCCGAGGGAGAAAACGACAAGAGAAGAACAGGCACGCUGCGAGGAAGAGCCGCAGGAAACAAACAGAGAGAGCCGAUGAACUUCAUGAGGAGCUCCAGUGUCUGGAGCAAUCAAAUUCAGCUUUUAAAAAGGAGAUCGCCGCAUUGAAAAAAGACCUCCACCUCUAUACGACAGCUCUGGAGCACCACAAGCCUUUGUGCCGCCUCAAAGACUCCGCAUCCAGCUCGACAACCAGCCUCUCAGUUUCCCCCUCAGCCGACUGUCAGAACAAAUCCAGCCCCCCUGGAGUCCCACCCCGGGCCUCACGCUCCGCUUUUGCUGCUGCCCCUUCACUCUCUACCUCCUUGACCUCCAGCCUGGGUCUUCAAACCAGCGACUGUGUUGAAAGCACACAUCUAUCAUCUUUAACCCCUCCAACAACCACAACAUUAGCCACGCCUCGUGGCCCGUCUACUGAACUCUUCACCUCCUCCAGCUCUGUGACAGCUCCUGACUCUGUCUCUUUCUCUGCAGUCCGGACUCCUCGCUCUCUGUUUAACGGACAUUCCCCUUCUCUGAUCACAUCGAGGCCGACAAAUGUUCCGCCUGUCUGCACCAGCCUUGUUUCGCACCCUGCACCCUCGAGGUCAGGUGGCGUCCAUGAAAGCUCUUCAACGUCAGCAAAUGCUCACUUCUCUCCACUUCAUCCUGUAGCACUGGAUGAAUUCCUAAUGACACAAGCCUCUUUUCUUCCUGCUUCUUCGAAUGUAGUUCCCCUUCAUUCGUAUUUGGCGGCUGAAAACGCAGGUUUGGAUUGUCCCAUGAAUGUGUCCGAGCUUCGUCCAUGUCAGUUUAGCAGAAAUUCAGUGAAUUCAAGUUCCCUUUUACCGCCAUCUUACCAAGAUCCUCAUCCUCAGUCCCUCUCAAUGUCCUCUCCUGCCUCUGCUUAUAGUCAACAAGUCUCAUUCAACUGUGCAUCUCUGCUUUCCCUGCUCACUGUCCCGAGUCCCCUUAAUGUGUCUCUGACUACCUCCAGCAGCUUUGAUGAACCAGUCCCGCAACCCCCACCCUUGGUGCCUCUGUUGGAGGAUACCCCAAGAGAUCUCUCCCUUUCUGAGCUCCUGGAGGUCAACGAUUGGAUACUGAGUGGGGCUAGUCACCUGUAGCACUACAUGUCACAAAGCAAAGCAAGGCCACUUUCCUUUAGCCAAAAUAGUGCUUUAUUUUUUAUAUUUCUGUAUUUUGAGCAGUUUAUUCAAACUCUGCUGAGCAGCUACAGCAACAACUGAAGGAUGCAACCUGACAGAUUUAAACAUCUGUUGGGAUGCAUAUGUUGCUCAUAAUAGGUUUCAGCUUCUUAAAGGGAGACUCACAUUUAGUAUUGAGCUUCCAUAUAGUUGGCGGUCUCACAAUAGCCAAACUAAAGACAAAAUGGUCAAAGCCAAUACAGUAUAAGCAAACAUAUCCCAGCUGUAAGGGUUGGUGUGGAUCAAGAUCCAAAAACACUGGAUCCUAAACUUCUCACAAUGCAACCUAGAGCAUAUUUUAGUUAGAUGCUUGUAAAUGGCCAUGUCUUUCAAGCUCCAGUUUGUAACGCAAGCUCCCUGUUCUAAAUUUGAAGCCUCCCGUUUCCUUUGAUUAACGGCAAAGAGCGCCGACAACUCCCGAACGCCUAGCGGAGGUUUCAGAGACUGGAGUCAGGUGAUCAAGACCAAACACCAAAAAAAUUACUCAACAUUUGAGACUUUUUCUUGUAAUUUGGAAAGGGUGGAGUACUCACUUCCUUGCCACUUCAUGGAAAUGUCAGAAAUUUCCAUCUGUGACUGGAACCGCUUGUGUGAACACACAAAGUGCCAAAGUUAAAGAUUAUCGGCAGUUAUGAUUCAACUCCAGGAAACUUUAUUCUGUCAUCCUUCUUUUAUCCUCUUUUUUUUUAAAAUACACACAGUCUCACAUAUUUUGCUGCUACUGAUGUACGUCAGUCAAUUUGCUGAUUGUUAAUUAAACUUUUUUACAGCUACAAUUAUUUAUUUUUCAAUAUUUCAGAUAAAACAAUAGAUUUAUCUAGAUUCUUCUCACUUCAAGUUAUAGAAUUGCAUUAUUUCUACUUACUGUAAUUAUGCUAAUAUAUAAUUAAUUAUUAUUAUUAUUUAGGUAUUUGACCAGCUUACAAGAGUCCCCAGAUGAUAUGUGUGACCUUUAGUUUGUAUAUUUAAGUAAUUGCAAAUAGUUUGGGUAUGUUUAUUAUUUAUGUGUCUACCGCUAUCAAAGUUCAAAUUGACAUAGAGAUGUGUGCUGAUCAGAGGGUUAAUAAUUGCUCACAGCUCUUCUUUUUGUGGUCCCCUAGUGGUUCCAUCCAGCCAUGAUUAUAAAUUGAAUUUACAAGUUGAAUUUAUGUGGCAACUAGUGACCCACAGUGCCCCACUAACACCCCUCACUUUGGGUCUAUUGUAAAAAAAAAAUAAAAAAAAGUUAUGUUAUUGCUAAUUACCUUAUUGUGUUCAUAUCAAGUAAGACAAAUGAGAGAAAUAACUUAAUUCUUCUUUUUGACUUCCUCUCCCUGUAACUGACAAUAAGAGAACUAUGGGGCUGCUCAAACCUGUUGUAUAGGAAGGCCCGCUGUAAAUAAAUGAAUAGUGGAUUGUAUUCUUUAUCUAAUUUUAGGACUUAUAGCUGGGCUUUUGCACAAUGAUUGUAUUAAAAUUAAGAUUUAGUUUUUUAAAGGAUGUUUUUAUUUUUAGAUUAUUCUGCUUUAUUUACACUAUGUCUUUUGCUGUAACGGACACUGUCACUGAAUUUGCAGACUUUGGGAAUAUUUUCUAUUCAGAUUGAAAUAUCUCAACACCUUUUGGAUAUUAUGUUAUUUUGUACAGAUAUUCAUGGUCCCCAGAGGACAAAUCCUCACGUCGUGGGUGAUCCCCUGAUGUAUUUUUUUGUGCAACUGUCAGCUUGGCAAGUGAGUGAAAUGUUGGCUGGAUUGCCAUGACAUUUGGUGCAAACAUUCAUGUUGCCCUAACAAAUAAUUGUAUUUACUUUGGUGAUCCUCUGACUUUUUCUUUAGCGUAUUUAUUGGGUCCAAAUUUCAAUUUGUUGAUAAAAUACCUUUUAAAGCUAAACAUUUUCCCGCCUCAGCUUUAUUUUUUUGCUAAUAGGAAAUCUUAGCACACAAACAUGCUACACUAACGCCCAAAGCACUGCUGUGAAUGUAUGUGCAGCCUCGCAAGAAGCAUUAACAUUUAGUCUUAGUUAAUAGAUGAAACAGUCUAUUAAUAGAAUGUAGACACAUGUUACCAGAUUGAAUAUAGACUUGAGGAGAUGUUUGAUGGAUUAUCUCACAGUUGUACAAUGCAAUAAUAGAGUGCUGUUAACCAGAGUGUUUCUAAAUGUCAGAGCAUUAUUAACAGCCUCUGGUGCUGAUGGCAAAUGAGAAGGAGACCAGCAGAGCUCUCAGACUCUUACCGGACUGCCGGUCCCCCCGGUAUUUUUCCCAGAAGGCAACCGGCUGAGCUCA